CACGGAAGGGAGACUACUUCAAGGGUUUAGAAUUAUUCUGGUUUCGUACAGUUUCUUGUAAGAGCAGUACUUGAAAACAACAGAGUUCGCCAGAUCGUGUUAAUUACAGUGCAAUUUGUGAUAUCCACCAACGAAAUUAUGGCAUCGACAUUAAACACGUUCGUGAAUUACUUCUCCAACAGACUGGAGUCCCCCGUUAGACAACACCUGAAGAAUGUCUACGGUUGUCUGUCCAUGUCAACAUUGGCUGCAGCUGCAGGCGCCUAUGUUCACAUGUUCACAGAGCUCCUGCAGGCCAAUUUGUUGACAAGUCUCGGGACCGUGUUCUUACUCCUCGCUUUAGUCAGCACACCAGACAAUGCGAAAAAUCAAAAGUCACGGCUCGGCUACCUGUUGGGAUUCGCAUUUUUGUCUGGCAUUGGCUUAGGACCUCUACUUCAAUUUGCCAUAAGCGUUGAUCCAACUAUCGUAGUGUCUGCAUUGAUGGGUACAGCCGUUGUAUUCGUAUCAUUCAGUCUCUCGGCUCUCCUGGCUGAAAGGGGAUGCUGGUUGUACCUUGGCGGCACCUUGAUCAGCUUGCUGAACACCAUGGUAUUGUUUUCAUUCAUCAACCUAUUCCUCCGUUGGACCUUCUUCUACCAAAUCCACUUGUACGUCGGACUAUUCUUGAUGUGCGGUUUCGUCAUCUACGAUACGCAGUUGAUCAUUGAGAAAGUCCACAUGGGCAACAAAGAUUUCAUUAUGCACUCGUUAGACUUAUUUAUGGAUUUCAUUAGCAUUUUCCGCCACCUUGUCAUUCUUUUGACGCAAAAGGAAAUUGGGAAGGAGCAGCAACGUAAACGCAAAGAUUAAACGCGAGUGAAGAAGGUUGUAAAGUAUCAUACCAUUGAAGUAAAUCCAUGAAUUAGAGAUCUUCAUCUAAUCUAUCCAUAUGUAAGACGUAUAUUAACUAUGAUAAAAAAAAAGUGAAUUCAAAUAAUACAGCUUAUCGAGUUACAUCGGAAAAUUGUUUAGGAGAGGCAUUAGCCGAAAGGACGCAAUUGUAUUUAUUUCGAAUCA